UUUAUAAACACACCCAAAAAGUUGACUUUGAGGUUGAUUUUGGGUGUGUUUCUAUAUUUAAAUAAUACUUGAAUUUUUUUAUAAAUACAUGUCUAGAAUUGGAUUUAUUUAUAAAUUUGUAUUGAAAAAAAUGUGUCGUCCAAGAGCUAUAGACUGCAGUCUUGGAAAACCAAUACUUAAGUGAAACCGUUGGAAGACUUGGCGGCAUUAGGAAAAGGAAAAACUAAAAUAAAAAAGACAAGGACCUAAGAGAAAAUGCAGUAGCUUGACACGUGGCAGUUUAUUUCAGUUGCCUCCUGUAUGAUUACAGACUAUUCUGGAAAGAACUGGUUUCCUCGAUCAACUGUUCCCAGAAUGAAAGUUCUAAAGAAAGCUAAGGGAACACCCAGAAAGGACUUGUCUUUCCCUUCCUUAUUCCAAUUUUCUCUCUGUGAUUCUGUUAAUUCGCGUUCUAGAGGAGACGAUGGCGGCGUACAGAUGGAAGUGCUUCGACGAGAACGAAGACCGUCCCGAAAAGCCUCGAAGCUAUGGCGUCACGGAAAUGAGAAGCCCCCAUUACACCCUCUUAAGCCAAAACGUCCUUCAGGAUAUUUUUGAGUCCGUGGGGCAGUUCGUUGAUGGGUUGAAGUUUGCUGGAGGUUCCCAUAGCUUGAUGCCCAAAUCGUUUAUUAAGGAAGUGACUGAUGUUGCUCACAAACAUGACAUAUAUGUCAGCACUGGUGACUGGGCUGAAAAUUUGCUUCGCAAAGGUCCCUCAGCUUUCAAAGAGUAUGUGGAGGAAUGCAAGAGCUUGGGGUUUGACACAAUCGAGUUGAAUGUGGGAUCUCUUGGAAUUCCUGAAGAAACUCUUCUGAGAUUUGUGCGCUUAAUUAAGAGCGGUGGCCUGAAAGUGAAACCUCAGUUUGCAGUCCAGAUUAACAAGUCUGACAUUCCCAUAGGGGAUAGAGCAUUUGGAGCCUUUUUGAUUGAUAUCAUGACCAUUGUCUCUGUUUGCACAGAAUUUGUUGAAGAUGUUGAUCUGCUGAUUAGAAGGGCUGAGAGAUGCUUAGAAGCAGGGGCUGACAUGAUAAUGAUUGAUGCUGAUGAUGUCUGUAAACAAGCUGAUUCAAUGCGAGCAGACAUAAUUGCGAAGAUCAUUGGGCGUCUUGGUGUUGAGAAGACCAUGUUUGAAGCAUCAAAUCCAAGAGCAUCAGAGUGGUUCGUCAAACAGUAUGGUCCAAGGGUGAAUCUGUUUGUGGAUCACUCCCAAGUGAUGGAUCUGGAGUGCCUCCGGGGACGAAGCUUGGGUAAAAACCAUACAUCUGUGCUGGGCUCCUCGUAUUUUCUGUUCUGAACUUUUUGUAAUAAGAAGGGGGAGAAAGUUAUGGUAAUAUGUGUGUGUCUCUUGUUGGAUCUGGUCUUGUUGUCUUGUGAAUUUGUGCUGUUGAUGUAACCUUGUUCAAUAUAACCUUUGUUCCAUUGUGUAAAACAUUACUUUCUAAGAUUUUGAGAAUCAUUGUUGCAACUGAUCUCCACUCAUGAAACUCAUGACUUUUGUCUCCUCACACCAAGCUGAAAUUCAAUGAUGUAUUUGUAUUACAAUACAGUAUUUAUGAUAUUUCCACCAGCAA